UUGUGAAUAGCACAAUGGAAGAAGCUGGACUUUGUGGGUUAAGAAGGAAAGCAGAUAUGUUGUGUAACUCUGAAUCACAUGAUAUUCUUCAACAUCAAGACUCAAAUUGCAGUGCCACAAGUAAUAAACAUUUAUUGGAAGAUGAAGAAGGCAGUGACUUUAUAACAAAGAAUAGGAGUUGGGUGAGCCCAGUGCACUGCACACAAGAGUCAAGAAAGGAGCUUCCUGAGCAAGAAGUAGCCCCUCCAUCUGGUCAGCAAGCUUUACAAUGCAACAGGAACAAAGAAAAAGUCUUAGGAAAAGAAGUUUUAUUAUUGAUGCAAGCCCUAAACACUCUUUUGACUCCAGAGGAGAAGCUGGCAGCUGUCUGUAAGAAAUAUGCUGAUCUUGGAAAUUCACCUCUUCUAUAGAAGAGUUUGUUUUGAACUAUACGAUUUGAAACAAAAUUCUUUUUUUGGUGACUAUGGAAACAUUCUCAACAGGGAAACCCUACUAGACUUUGUAAAGCAAAUAAUGGAAAAGAUACAGAACUUUUUGAAGAAUCAUGGGAAAUUUUUAUAAUUAAAUAAAUGCUAAAAUUCUGUUUUGUGAAACAUUUAUGGGAAUUAUCACUGACAGUUUUUGUACAUUUUCAAAUAGUGUUAAAGCAGCAACUCCAUAUUGUAAAUGCACAAAACAAAUAUUUAGCUGAU